AUGGAGACGGGGAAGAAGAACGGCAACAAUGUGGAGAUGAAGUCGCCCUACAGCAGUCCCCUCGUGACGCUCAGGUUUGCGGACGGCCCUCCGCUCACCGCCCACUUGUCGCUACUGAUACGCCACCCCAAGCUGGCCGCCUUUUGCAACUCGUCUCGCAGGAUCGUCGACCUCGGCGCGUUCUCCGGCAUCGCAGGGCAUGCGUUCGUGGAGUAUCUUUACACCGGGCAUUGGGGCCUUCAGAAGUGGAUUGGGACGGACGACCCAACAGUUCGCUUCGAGCGCCCCGAGCUCGAGAUAAUGCUGGAACUACACGCCAUUGCCCGGACCUUCCAGCUCGACGAACUUGAGACACAGACGAGGGACUCCAUCGAGUUGGCAGCACGCCGCGUCGAAGUGUUCCCGCUUGUCGACGCGGUCAAGAAGGCCUACCCUCGGCCCAUCGGCAACGACCAGUGGUUUGUCGGCUGGAUCAAGACCUGCAUCAAGAGGGUCUUCCAGGACCCGCGUGCACUGUCGACAGCGUCCUCCGCCCCCAUCGACUUUGGCGAUGGCUUCUCAGCAGUCAAAGUGCUCUUCAAUUGCAUGCUUGAGACAUAUGUCGAGGCGCUGGAGGCGCGGGACGGCCGUGAUGCUGCCGCUGUGCCGGCUUCUCGCCCUGAGCCGGCCAGCCCUGACACACCCUGCGCCCCGGGCGAAAUUCAUGAUUCUCGACCCGAAUCGGCACCGGCAGUUGCGCCCGAACUUGACGGCGCGGUGCCUGAAGCCGCGCCCGAACCUGAGCCACUGCCUGAACCGCUGGACGAUCCUAAAUGCAACUCCGGAGAACCCGAGCGGCUCCCUGGAGCUGAGCCGAUCCCAGAGCCAACGCCGGAAGACACUGCAUGGCUUCUCUCAUCAGAUUUAUUGAAGAAGACGAAAAGGAAGAAGACGGAAAAGAAGAAGAAGGGGACUAAGUUGAAGGACGAGAUGGCGCCAGUUCCAGUUGCGCCGGAGGAAAUGCCGGAGUCGUUGCCGCCGGCGAACGGGGAGACCGCGCCCCAGCCCGAAUGGGGGAACUUCGGGGGCGAGGAGCAAUAUGACGAGUGGAUCGUGCUGAAAGAGAGGAUUCAGAAUGGAGUUUUUAAACGGUAG